UAAUGAAAACACAGAUCUGUGGGAAGUGUCUCAUCUAUUUUUUUAACCGAGCAGGGAGGACCGUGAACUACACACCAGAGCGAGUGAAAACAAACCGACGGCAACAACACAGAGAGGACGACGACCUACACAGAGGACAUUUAUACUUUUAUUUAAGUUCAUUUUUACCUGCUAACAUCGUUUAACCGGCGGAAUAACGACACUAAAAGAGGAAACAGCAGCUAGCUUAAAAUGGAUCGAUACGAUGACCUGGAUUUGGACCUGGAGUGUGAUGGAGGAGGAGGAGGAGGAGGAGGCGUCGCUCAAAAAGCAGCGUUAUUUGGUGGGAUGUUCAAGAAAUCCACAAAGUCCUCAGAAUCAUCUGUCAAAGCAGAGGACAGUUUAACAGCCAGCAGUGAACUCUCAAAGAGCAAUGACAGUCUGACGGACAACAACAAGGACAAAGGAGGAGUGUUUAAAGGAAUAUUUAAGAAGACCAAAUCUGCCAAAGAGGGUCAGCAGCAGGACUCCAUCUCAUUACAAAACCCUGAACUGUCAGUCAGCAGUGACAGUUUAACAGACAAGCCAUCAAAGGAUAAAUCGGGUGUGCUGGGUGGGAUCCUGAAACGUUCUCCCAGACCUGGACAUGUCCGCAGGCCUUCACAGGAUCUUCUAGACGUUUCAGACAGUAAUGAAAUUCCAUCAGAGAACAGCAACACUAAGGAGUCAGGAGGAAUGUUCAGUGGGAUGUUUAAGAAACCCUUGAAGCCUUUUGGAGCGAGGACAAAAUCUCAGGAGGAUUUAACUGCUUCUGAUGAGCUCUCAGGCAGCAAUGACAACCUCUCUGCAAACAAUAACACUAAGGAGACAGGUGGGGUGUUCAGUGGAAUGUUUAAAAAACCUCCAAAGUCCUUUGGAGCAAGGACCAAAUCUCAGGAGGAUUUGUGUGCACCUGAUGAGCUUUCAGGCAGCAGUGACAGCCUUUCUGUGAACAGUAACACUCAGGAGACAGGUGGGAUGUUCAGUGGGAUGUUUAAAAAAGCUCCAAAGCCCUUUGGAACCAGGACAAAAUCUCAGGAGGAUUUGUCUGCACCCGACAAGCUCUCUGGCAGCACUGAAGAUCUUUCCGAGAACCACACAAAGGAGAAAGGAGGAAUUUUCAGCGGUGUGUUCAAAAAAAAAGGUGCCAAAUUUCACUCUCAGGAUGAUUUGUCUAUGGAUGGUGAACUCUCUGCCAGCAAUGACAGCCUCGCAGAGAAGCCUUCAAGGGGUGGAGUGGCAGCGAAGAUCUUAAAGAAUCCUUUCAGCUCCUCAUCUCAGGAGAAGGAAAAGACUGAACACUCAAAUGAGAAUAGCUCUACUGCAGACAAGCCUAAAGCCAAACAGAACGGUUUCAGUGCAGUGAUGAAGACUACAUUCUACACUGACAAAGAGGAGAAGAGCUUCAGCACUGAUGAUGAGGAGACACUGGACAACGGAGAUAACCAGCCGAGUCACAAACAGAGUAAACUGGCUGGAGCUAUGACAAAGCUGAAUCCAUUUCGAGCUGCAAACAAACAUGAGAAGCAGACCGGCUCAGACGACGAGGAUCCAACUGUGAGCAGCAAGAAAUCAACGGGCACCAAACAGAAUGCCAUGGUUGAAGCCAUGUCCAAACUGAACCCAUUCAGAUCUGCACAUAAAAAAGACGCAGAAGACACAGAGACUCUCGAGGAGACUGAGAAACAAGUGAAAGUGAAGCCAAAACUGGUCAAAAGUAACAUGAUCCAGCAAGAAAGAAAGGAAGGAAGUGAAACGCCAGUGGUCCCACCCAGACCAACAGCAGAGGAGAUGAAGGGGACGGUCACGUACAACAAAUCAAGAAGAGCUGAGGAUAAUAAGGAUAACAAAGACAUGACCACCAAAGAGAAAAAAGAAAAACCUUUAGAAGCUCCUGUAAUACCUGCCAGACCAUCAGAGGAGGAGAUGAACAGAGCACCGAGACAAAAGCAGAAGAAAAACCACCAGACGGGGGAUGAAGCAAAGGAAGAAGAUGAAUCUGCUCUGACCAAAGAUGGAGAUGAGAUGAAUCCUCCAGAGAGUAAAACAACCAAGGUGGUAAAGCACAAACGCCAUAAUCCAUUUAUGCUGCGCACUGCAGCAAAGGCCAGUAAUCAGGCUGCAUCUGAUGACGAAGGGCUCAAAGAAGAUGAAGACUCUUCAUCCAGAGAGGAGAAGAAAGAAGAAGAGGAGGGCAAAGAAAAAACAGUGGAGACCAAAGUCAAGAAACCAAAAAAGCACAACCCCUUCAUGCCUCGAGUCAAGACCAAAGUUAUACAGAAGCAUGGACAAGACGAAACUGCAGACAGCACGAAUGAAGGUGCAAACAGGUCCCUGUUUGACCAGCUGGAAGACUUCCGUAUUGACCCAGCACACCCCGAAGACAGUCAGGAUGUGGAGGAUCUUAUGGACUGGUGGAACACAGUGGACCCAUGGGAGGACAUGCCUCAAGAUGAUGACAUGACGGAGAAAGAAGAGGCCAAGGCGUUUGCUGUGACGGCAGAGAAAGUGCAGAAGGGCAUCCGUGUCUUCAACAAACUGUUCUCUGAGCGAGCCGAGAGCCUCUGGCAGCACGUCAUCGACCUCAACAGCAUCGCCGAUGGCCUGGACAAGUUCAACAAGAAGACAAAGAUCGCUCAAAUCACCGGCGGCUCCACCAGUGCCAUCGGAGGCGUUGCUACCAUCGCCGGCCUUGCUUUGGCUCCCGUCACCAUGGGGACCUCCUUGAUCGUGACUGCGGUCGGACUGGGCGUCGCCACAGCGGGAGGUCUGACGUCAGCUGGUGCCGGCAUCUCCAACCAAGUCAACAACUCCAUGGACCGCAAGAAGGUGGAGAAGAUUGUGGAGGACUACCAGGAGAAGAUGCUCGACCUCAACAAGUGCCUCAAGUUCAUCAAGCAGGGGAUCGAGAACCUGCGCAAGUUCGACCUAAUCAAGAUGAAGAAACACGCAUACAAUCGUGACUUUCCUGUGCUCAAUAGCAACUUCUAUGAAGACGGCGCCAUGGCGGGAAAAGCCAUCCUCAUCAACGCCAACGAGAUCAUGCGUGUGGUGCAGAUCGCCAACGUGGCCGGCAGCACUGCAGCCAGAGCCGUUCAGAUUGCCAGUAUGGCCACUGGCGUGCUCACCGGUCUCUUCGUAGGUAUGGACAUCUACUUUGUGGCCAAAGACUCCAAAGAACUUAAGAAAGGAGCAAAGUCAGAGUUUGCUGGCAAAAUCAGGGAUGUUGCCACGCAGCUGCAUGACGGUCUGGUGGAGCUCAACUCGAUACGAGAGGAGCUUCAGGCGACCACGCCGGAAAACAAUGCUGGCAGUGAUGGUGAAGCUUUGGACAGUGAAAAGAAGGAGAAAGAAGAAAAACAUGAGGGUUCAGACGAAGAGGAAGAUGAAAUCGCCCGCAUUAAAAAAGCCAUCAAAAAGGACUACGAGAACCGAGAAUAUGUUUGACACUUUACUGGGAAAUGCCUUAAACUUGUUUAAUUCCUCUGCCAAGGCGGAGGUAAGUUUCUAGUGCUGUUUGUUUUAAUGUCUGUUCUUAUAUUUGUCUGUCUGUCAAGAAGAUGAUACAAAAAUUACCUGACCAACGUUCACAAAACCUUUUGGAGAAGUCGAAAAGGCCAAAGGAAAUAUUCAUUAAUUUGUAGUGUGGAUUGAGAUCAACUUUCUUAAUAACUGUGGGAUAUAACAUUGGUCUUGGCACCAAACUGCACUCUAAAAAUAUGCUUUUGUAACUAUUAUCGUUCUAAAAGGAAGAUUAAAUCAUUGUCAUAUUCCCAGUUCAAUAGUUUCUAAAUGUUCUUCAAAGCAUUGACCCAAAACACCAAAACACUGCAGUGUUGUUGUUAUUUGUGAGGUGUUUGCUGCCAGUUUCUUAAAAAGUAAAAUUACAGUCAUUCAUAUUUUUAAUUUCCAAAGAAGAAACUACAUUCUUGAUGAAACAGAAAGUAAAAUAUCAAAAAAUUCCGAUCAGGGAACUGACUUCUUGAAAUCUCAGCAUUUACACUACUGUGGGGGAAGCUAACGUUUGUGGUAGAUGUGUCAUAUCUGUUUUUCUGGCAGUUGUACCACUGUGUGAAACUGCACAUGUCUUCUGAGAUGAUGAGUUUUAGAGAUUUAACUAAAUAAUGUAUUUGGAUUAGAUUAAAGAAAUAGGUGCAAUAUUUUCUAGGCUCACGUGUUGCUUUGUGUCAGUUCAUGUUGAAACACUGAGACUUUUUCUGACCAGGUGUAGAGGUUGUGUUGUAUAGUGAAAGGGUUGAGUGCCUUUAUUAUUUAUAACGCCUGAGAAAUCCAGCGUGAUGCUAAUAACUGUAUGCUUGUGUUGUUUUUCUGGCUAUUUGGGCUGCACUGAACCAUUUUCACACAUCUGUGAAGUUUGGGAGCUCGUGAGAUGUUUUCAAGUAGCAACAGCUUAAAGAUUUUGAUCUCUGUUUGAAGAGUGACACUAAUACGCUUUGUAUUGGGUUGAUUAGUUUAACAAGACAGGCAUUUAGAAUGACCAAACUAUGGUGAGAAUGAACAGGAAUUGGGCUGUACUAGUUGUUUGUAAAUCGAAGUUAGGAUUUAAAAACUUUCCUUUAAUCGUAACAUGUUUUAAAAUCAUGAUUCUUUCAAGUCAAGCGGGCUGCCAAUUAAAACACAGGAAGACGUUGACAAUGUGUGAAACAUCUGCAGUGCCAAAAGCGAUGAUCUGUGCAAAUGUUCUUUACAAAUGAUAUGAUCAACUUAACUGCCAGUCUUAAGCAAAUGUAGACAUUUAUGAAAGUAUACGUGUAGGAAUAUUUGUUUCAGAGUUGUUUUCAUGCAGUUUGGGACAAGCGGGAAAUAUCUGAUUAAGCUAACUGGCAUUAUUUGGUUAUUUAGUCCAAUGUUUUGGCUUUUGUUUUUUGAAUUCCUGGUGUAUCUUGUUUCUUCCCAGAUUACCAAAUUAUUAAACAGUAUUUUGUGAACCACAUUUUUAAAUGAACUCUAAAACUGUUCAAUCUAAACCAACAUUCGCUUUGUCACUUGGUUCCACUAGCUCGGCUGUAGUUGAACUUGAGUGUUUCUGGGGGCUCAAUACUUUAGUAGGGCAACUGGUUUUAAAUUCGUUAUGGGAAUUUGUGAACAGCAAUGCAGUCCUGUAGGAAACAUAAAAAGGUCACCGACAUGAGGGGAAAACUGACAAUCAUGUUUAUCUUUAAAGACUCCCACAAAGUUAGCCUUUAGUUUCUAUUCUGGUUUCCACUUGAAAGAUGCUUUAAUUGUUUUCAUGUGCAAAAUGGUUCCUCAUUCAGUGACUUUAAUCCCAGGAUGGUAAAAGCCAAAUCAAUCUAGAGAAGAACUUGUCACUUCCCCUUAUUUUGUCAAAACUGUUAUCUCAGUGCCGAGGUUUGAUAAGUUCUGUAAGCUCUGAUGGUGUCACCUCUGCAGUCUGUUUAAACUCAUAUUUAUUUUAGAUUUUAGUUCUGGGUGGAGUUGAUCAAUCAGUGAUAUCUUCUAUGUGCAAUAUCUACAUGUAAUAAAUGUAAAAUUAAAGACGAGAGAAUCA